UGCACCAUCAUCAAGUGGGACGGGGCGUCAACGAUCUCGCUGUUGCAUGAAAUCCAGUGCGCGCGGCCGCUUCAGUCGGUGCUGUGGGUACACCAUACACUCUUUACGGCGACGGACGACGAGAUCAAAUGCUACUUUAUCUGUGGCAGCCGGACGUUUUCGUUUGUGAUUGCGAGCACGACUUGCUUCCACGACCACGGAAUCGACGAUGGUGACGAUCUGGCCGAAUUCCCUGUCGCCCAGCGCCACCCCGGCGGUCCGUUGAAUCUCCUUGGCGUGUACCAAGAGCAGUUGUUCCUAUGUGGGCUGCAUCAAAGCAUCUACUCGGUCGAUUUGACGAACAAAGUGCUCCAGUUUUGCAUGUUUGUCGCGCAAGGGCUGCCCAAACGGGCGCUGGAUGUCGCCCCGACCAUCAGCGACGAGUUGGUAGAUUGGCUCGCGACAUUUCUCGAGGCAUUCGGGUUUGCCGCCGACGCCCUUCAAGUCGCCAACACAUCGCUCCAGUUUCGAGCGAGCAUUUGCAUCAAGCACAUGCUCGUGCACACGCUGGCCGACUUGAUGCCAUCGUUGGUGGCCACCACCGCGACCGACAGUGCCGACAUACUGGGAACUUCGUUGACACAACGUGCGUGUGCUGCCCUCUGUCGCAGUGGUCACGAAUCGGUUUGUGUGGCGCUCUUUCCAGCGUGCAUGCACGCCAAGAAGUGGAACGACGCUUUGUUUGUUGCGAUCCUGGUCCAGGACAGAGCGCUGAUGGCCCAGGCGCUGGCGCAAAAGAAGGAUCUCGCGCAUGCGCUGUACGCGUCCAAGAAGAACGCUGACGUCGAAGAUGAGUGGAACCACCAAAUGGACGUGUACACCACGACCCACGGCGUCGUGAGUCCGGUGCAGUUUGCUGGCACGUGGACUUAAUUCGGCUCUGAAUGAAGUUUCGUAUGGACAUCUACC